AAUGGGUCUGGUGGUAAACGAGGACAAGACGAAGUAUCUCCUGUCAUUUCCCACCAAUCAGCGAAGCAAAACUGAAGGAAUGGGCCGGAUAUACGAAAGCUCAUGAAAUCAAAGAAAUUUAUAGGUGCUUUAGACGAUAAUGAUUACUUUGCGUGGAGGGCAGUGAAGAAAGUCAUACGAUAUUUUUUGGGAAGUACGCGAGCACACAAUUACCCCGCUCUUGUGACCAAGAUGUUGCACUACUUCCAGAAAAUUGGAGUGAAUAUGUCCCUCAAAAUUCACUUCUUGCAUCACCAUCUCGAAUACUUCAGCAAGCAGCUAGCCUCAGAGUCGGAUGAACAUAGCGAGCGCUUCCAUCAAGUGGCAAUGCCAAUGGAAACGCGAUAUAAAGGCAAAGGCUCGAUUCGCUGGUGGCUGAAAUUUGUUGGUGGUCGCAAAAGACGUACGAUCCCGACAAUGAAGAUGAAGAAGGAGAAUAUACAAUGGGAGUUUCCUCCGAGGAUGAAGACAGAUCCUCAUCCGAUACAGACUCUGAACAAGUGGGCGAACCACCACGCAAGAAAGUAAAGGGCGCAAACAAACGAAAAUAAGUUUUGCGUUCAUCGAUUUUUAUAACCUACGUAUCUAUGUAAUAACCUAAU